GCCCAAUAUACCCUCGGAGGACACUUCUCUCGCUUCUCACCUUUCAGAAUCGUUAUUUCACUGCUGAAGCACUCUUCAAACCUCCCGGCCUGCGUCGAGUCCCUCCCACCCUCGACUCGAGCGCUCUCAGGCCGUCUGCCCUACAAUGGCAUCCAAAGGAGACAAACACGGCUUCCAGCUGCCAAUUCCCCCUCCCCCACUCCACACCCGCUCAGGCAACGAUGGUUACGGCCGUCCUCGCACCCCCACCCAAGAAGCCUUCAUCAGUCCGCAGCAGACGCCCCAGGGCAGCCCCAGCAAGCACCACCAGCCCCCAGGCGCCUUCGACCUGCCCAAUGUCUUUGAGAACGCUAUGAGACUGUUUCCAAACAUGGGAGGAUCUCCGUCGAAAUCGGCACGCCAGCCACAGUCUCCCACCUCAGCGAUGAGGGGCGGCGAGGUUGCUGAGAGCGUGGACUCAGGCUAUGGGGGCUCGGACUUGACUACAAUCACGGCUGGGAGUGGUAGCCCUACGCGCAAAGCGAACAAGGAGAACACACCGCCAGGCGGUCGUCCUGGCAUGCAGAAGGAGACGAGUUUCGUUAAUCAUGCUGCAGUGUCUCGCCAAGAGCCGUAUCGGACGCGCGAGGCGGAGAAGCAGCAGAAUCAUGUGGUGGGCCAUCAGCGACUGUCGGCGGAAGAGUUGGAGAAGUUGAGGAGGCCGGCGGUCAAGCGGUUGGCAAAUGUGACGCAGUUGUAUUUCUUGGACUACUACUACGAUCUCCUGAGCUACGUCCACACCCGACAGAAUCGGCUCACUCAGUUCAAAGCCCAGAAUCCUCCGCCGCCAGAGACGCCGGAAGCUGAGUACAAUGAGGCACUCAACACGUAUCUUGGUCGCGAGCGGGCCAAUCUCAGGAAGCGGAGGACGCGACUGAGACAGGGAGAUUUCCAAAUUCUCACUCAAGUCGGUCAAGGAGGAUACGGACAAGUGUAUCUGGCACAGAAGAAAGAUACUCGCGAAGUGUGUGCUUUGAAGGUCAUGAGCAAGAAGCUCCUGUUCAAGUUGGACGAAAUUAGGCACGUCCUGACUGAGCGAGACAUCUUGACAAACGCGAAGAGCGAGUGGCUGGUGCGGCUGUUGUACGCAUUUCAGGACGACAAGAGCAUCUAUUUGGCUAUGGAAUAUGUCCCUGGAGGCGAUUUCCGGACACUUCUCAACAACACUGGUGUCCUGCACAACCGCCAUGCACGCUUUUACAUUGCCGAAAUGAUCUCUUGCGUCGACUCUCUUCACCAGCUUGGCUAUAUCCAUCGCGAUCUGAAGCCAGAAAAUUUCCUCAUCGACGGCACCGGCCACGUGAAACUCACCGAUUUCGGCCUAGCAGCUGGUAUGCUAGCACCAGCCAAGAUCGAGUCCAUGCGCAUCAAGCUCGAAUCGGUCGGUGAUGCCGCCGUCCCGUUCGGAAGACCAAUGGAACAGCGCACUGCAGCCGAGCGUCGCGAGAACUACAGAUCCCUUCGAGAGCGCGAUGUCAACUACGCCAAGAGCAUUGUCGGCAGCCCCGACUACAUGGCUCCUGAAGUCCUCAAAGGCGAUGAAUACGACUUUACUGUCGAUUACUGGAGCCUGGGUUGCAUGUUGUUCGAGGCUCUGGCUGGCUACCCGCCCUUCGCGGGCGCCACCGUCGACGAGACCUGGCAAAACUUGAAGCAGUGGAAGAAAGUCCUCCGGAAGCCUGUCUACGAGGACCCAUCUUACUUCCUCAGCAAGCGUACCUGGGACCUCAUCACGCGUCUGGUCGCGUCCAAGACCAGCCGCUUCCGCGGUAUCAGCGAGAUCCAUGCUCAUCAGUACUUCGCAGAAGUCGAGUGGGAUAAGCUGAGAGAGCAGCGUGCGCCGUUCGUUCCCGAGUUGGAUAGCGAGACCGAUGCAGGUUACUUUGAUGACUUCAGCAAUGAGGCGGAUAUGGCGAAGUACAAGGAGGUGCACGAGAAACAGACGGCGUUGGAAAAGAUGGAGGAGAGGGGCGAGGAGAUGAAGAAGCAUCUAUUUGUUGGGUUCACGUUCAAGCACCGCAAACCCGCCACAGACGAGAACGGCAAGCCAUCCAGCCCUCGGAAGCCUCUCCCCAUGGUCGACGAAGAGAACUUCGGAACUAUCUUCUAAACUCGUGCAUCUUGACACUUGCCCGGUUGGUCUUUUUCAUAUUCCGGCUUCUUUGUGGGCCACUGGCUGCUUCACGCACCCAUCUUCCUUUUUCCUUGGUCCGUGUUCUCGCCCAGCACAGCGCAGCGUAGCGCCAUGAGUAAUGAGGGCGGUAACAACGACGGAAACAUGGCGUCUUUCAUCGAUGGCGGCGAGUCAGUAGAUUGGGGUUUCAGGGUGUUGGACGGCACAGAACUACAUGCAUGCAUACGACACUGGCUUUGCAACCUUUGGUUUGGGGGGAGCGGUGUUGGUAGGCACACUGUACUUGUAGGUUAUGGGAAUUGAAUUACAUCUCAUCGUGAG